UUUUAUUUUGGUUUUCAAGUAAAAUAUCAUUUUACUUAAUUAUAUGUAUUCCAUGGAUGAAAUAAGUAUAUUCUAUGUUUUUAUGUUUUGUUAUUGAAAUUUAAGUUAGGGUUCCUUCGAUUUUCAUAUUUUGGUCUGAUAAUCAAUCUUCAAAUUUCGCUUUCCUAAAUCAUAAUCUUAGAUCUAGCUCCGUUUCUCAUAGCCGAUUUACACCUCACUCGAAUCUAUUCCAAUUUGUUUUGUAAACCCUUCCUUGUCGUUUGAUUCGUUGGUUUUAGUGAAUUAAGUAUCUGUUAAACCAACAGCGAUGAUUGUAUCUGGUGAUUGCGCCGAUAAUUAAGGUUCAAUCGUGCGUGCCCUUCAUAUGUUGUGAAAAUUAGCUGAAUAGUUUUUUUUUUCUUUGAAUUGUUUGUAAAAUUGGGUGUUAGGAGUGGAAGUGAAUCGGUAGUCAUGUUCUAUGGUUCGGUAGUAUGGGAUCCAUGGCUAAUUGUAGCUCAAAUUAUAUGCAUUCAGUGCUUGUACUAUCUCACGUUGGGAUUUUUCAUGGCUAUUCUUGUUGGCACUAGGGUUUCGAUGAUGAGCCUUGUUUACUUCUUUGAUUACGCUACGAUUAGCAUCUCCACAGUUACCGGCUGGUGUGUCAUCGCUUCUUUCAUCCUCAGUUCUGUAGCCGGAGCUGGCUUCUUGCUUUAUUUGAUUGAGAGAGCAAAGAAGUGCCUAGAUUUUGCUGCCACCCUUUACAUCAUCCAUCUAUUCAUAUGCAUCAUUUAUGGAGGUUGGCCUACAUCAAUUACAUGGUGGAUUGUCAAUGGCACUGGAUUGGCACUAAUGGCUUUGUUAGGAGAAUAUUUGUGUAUAAAACGUGAAUUGCGAGAAAUUCCCAUUUCAAGACUCCGAUCAAGUGUUUGACUUUGACCGAUGAAAAACAUGGUUCUGAUGAUGAAGUGCAGGAGUAGGGAUGAAUGCUAAAAUUCUUGUCACAAGUUUGGAAUCAGAAUUAGACGAAAAAACACACACCAAUAUAUGUAUAAUUCUGGUAUUAUAGAGACAGCCUUCAUUCCUUCCUUUUGGUUUAGAUGUUAUCAUUCAUAAAUUGAUAGAUGCGUGUUGUUCAGUUGUUGUUAUCCAGUGUGCAAAACCCAUGCUUCUUUUUAUAAAUUCUUUAAAAAUUAAAAUUUCCUUCCUUGUGAUAGUUAUAUGGAUUAUGGAAAUAAGCAAAAG